AAGAUGGCAGUUUUCUUAAAGCUGGGUGUCCUCCGCAGUGGCCAAGGAGGCCGAGCUCUGUUGCUGCGAAGCCGGGUGGUCAAACCUGCUUGUGUCUCAGCGUUUCCCCAGGACCAGCCUACCCCAGGAUGGCAGGGCACACGGCACAUUCACCUCUCACCAAGCCACCUUUCUGGUUCCACGGCUGCAUCUCUCCACUGGACUAGCGAGAGGGUUGUCAAUAUUUUGCUCCUGGGCCUGCUUCCAGCUGGGUACCUGAAUCCCUGCUCUGUGGUGGACUACUCCCUGGCUGCAGCCCUCACCCUGCAUGGUCACUGGGGCCUAGGACAAGUGGUGACUGACUGCAUUCAUGGGGAUGCAACACAGAAGGCUGUCAAGGCAGACCUCUUGGCCGUCUCCGCUUUGACCUUUGCUGGGCUUUGCUACUUCAACUACUACGAUGUGGGCAUCUGCACAGCAGUUGCCAUGCUGUGGAAGCUCUGACCUCUGCGAUGCGACACCCUAGAUUGUAUGCCUCAUUGCCUUGCUCUGUUGAUGCCAUUGAACUCCCAGUGAGGAGGGCGUGAAGGAAAAGUCCAUUGGUGGGCAAGAUUUCUUCUAAUUACAUGGUUAUUUUCAGAAUUCAUUUGUUGAGGGAAAGCUUUGUGAGAAGUUAGGUUCAACUAGUCCUGAGUCUUGAGUUCCAUAUAGACUCAUGGUGUG